GUUGAGGGCAUUAAUUACUGCUCAUGCGCGGCGUUGAUUCAGCCCAGCAGCCAAUUAUACAUGUACAGCAUCCGCGGCUUACCACUGCCAGUGACUCUACGUACUUCUGCAGAGAUGGUGAUGGGUGGUUUGGGCGCGGCGGCAGUCCUGUGGUUGGUGUGGGUGGGGGCAGCCUUUGGUUACUCGGUACCCAGGCCGCAACAUUCGGAAGGAGAGGAGGUGUAUUGCGAGUGCGUGCCGUUUUACCUGUGCGAGGACGACGUAAUCAUCACCGACGGCAGGAACUUGAUUGACGUGAGGACUUCUCGUCGCAGGAAGCCGGUGACCAACGUGGAGGAGUGUCCUUCACUAAUAGACGUUUGUUGUGGUCUUCCUCCGUCACCUACUACAACUACCUCCACCAUCACCACUACCACCACCACCAUGACCUCCAGCACUCUUCUCCCGAUCACCCAACCACCCACGCUGCCCCCGGACACUCCCUGCCAGUGUGUAGGAUUCCUUGAGUGUCCCGCCAAGCUUCUGGUGAAUGAUGGCAAAGGGAGCACUAGUCUGGAGUUCUUGGGUUUGACUUACUCACACUCUCAGUGCCAAGACACCUUUACCCUCUGCUGCGCCGACAAGACUACCCCUACACCAACACCAACGCUUACGCCCACGCCCAUGCCCACCGCGCCGCAGUGUGAGUGCGUAAAGCCCUACCUCUGCGAUGAGGACGGCUACAUCAUCGUGUACGGCCAAGGUUUGCAAGACAUCAGGAAAUUUACGUCGUCAGUGUUCCCGCUGGAUUCCGGCGAAUGUUCCGACAGUUACUUCGUCUGCUGCCUCCCUCCACUGGCCCCAACGUCCUUCCAUACUCCUUCCGCCGCUUCCACUACUACCACCACCACCUUCACCACCACCACCACCUCCACCAGCACUACUACUGAAUCCACCACCCCUCCCUUAUUCCGCAACCCUACUACAUCUACAGUGUCUUCCCCCACCACCCCCACCGCCACCACCACCCCGACAACCACUACCACCGAGGACCCUCCCAUCACCUGUGGCAUCAGAAACUUCGACGGAAUAGCGGCGCGAAUCAUCGGGUUCCAGGACGGGGAAAGCCAGUUCGGUGAGUUCCCUUGGAUGGCAGCCGUGGUCAAUAGCGCUCCAUUCAUGGGCAUGCCCUCCUACCGCUUCGUGGGAGGCGGCACGCUAAUCUACCCACGUGUUGUCCUCACGGCAGCCCAUAAAGUUGUGAAUGUGAACGUGAAUCACUUGGCGGUGCGGCUCGGGGAGUGGGACACGCAGAAAGAACAGGAGCCCUACCCGCACCAAGACAUCGAGGUAGAGAAAGUAGUGGUGCAUCCGAAAUUCUUUGCUCCAGCUCUCUUUUACGACGUCGCCCUCCUGUUCCUGAAGGAGGAGGCAGUUCUCGCGCCCCACGUCAACACCCUGUGCAUGGCGGAGGACUUAGACGACGUUGACACCUCCGCCUGUGUCAUCAACGGCUGGGGAGUGGAUCGUUUCGAUAUAGGAACGUACCAGUUAGUCAUGAAGAGCCUGACCCUACCUCUCGUGCACACACCGGAGUGUCAGAACAGCUUGAGGACCACCAGACUGGGACGUUUCUUCCGCCUGCACCCAACCUUCAUUUGUGCCGGCGGAGAGAAGGGGAAGGACGCAUGUAAGGGUGAUGGGGGCGGUCCGCUGGCCUGCCCUAGGAAAGACGGUGUGCCUGGGCAGUACCUCCUAGUGGGCAUCACAGCGUGGGGCAUCGGCUGCGGCGAGGACGGAGUGCCUGGAAUAUACGUUAAUGUGCCUUACUUGUACUCCUGGAUCACUGACACCGCUACACUCCACCUCACCAGCACUACCGCCACCACCAUCAACACCACCACUGAACCUACACCAACUCCAUUUUUAUAAACGACGUAUUUCUGGGUAGUUUAGAUGUAAGUGCUGUGGGUAUGUAAUGUAAUAUAUCAUAUGUAUUCCCUGUCCCUCUGAUUAACGUACGCCUGGCAACCCUACGUAAGCCUCAGUCUUGCUGGCGUCUCCAAGGCAGGCAGGCGUACGGGGAUCCUUCCAAGGCUUUCUCUGUGUUCCUCUGCUUGAAUACACAUACUCCAGUUA